AUGGCUCCCCCUACCGAUCCCCUCAACCUCGACGUUGAAGCCAUUUCUGGCAUUUGCGGUUCAAUCUCAAUUGCCUGCUGGGUCGUCGUCUUCUCCCCUCAGAUCCUCGAGAACUUCCGUCGCGGCAGCGCCGAUGGCCUGUCCCUACAGUUCAUCAUUGUCUGGCUUGCGGGCGAUGUCUUCAACAUCCUGGGCGCCGUCCUGCAGGGCGUCCUCCCGACGAUGAUCAUCCUUGCCAUCUACUACACCAUCGCCGAUAUGGUCCUGCUGGGACAAUGCUUCUACUACCGCGGAUUCACCUGGAAGGAUGAGGUGGUGCCCCCGACCCCGAAACCGCGCAACCGCAUGGGCGAGCCGAACGAGCGAACCGGCCUCUUGCCCCCGUCGGCGAUCGAGCGCGAGCGCCGAGGCUCGGACUGGUCCCAUCUCUCCCCUGCCGUGCCAAUGCGCCCCGAAUCCGCUCCCGCUCCCCCGCCGAGACCCUCGACCGUUCUGCAGGCCAUCGCCUGGAACACCACCGCCGUCGUCAUGGUCUGCGCCGCCGGCGUCCUCGGCUGGUUCCUCAGCCGCGGGUACUCCAACUCCGACGAGCCCGACCACAACAAUAGCGACAGCGACGCCCUCACUUUCAACACCCUGGGUCAGAUCUUCGGCUGGCUCUGCGCCGUGCUGUACCUGGGAUCCCGCUUGCCUCAGCUUCUGCUGAACUACCGCCGCAAGUCCACCGAGGGCGUCAGCAUGCUCUUCUUCCUCUUUGCUUGCCUCGGAAACCUGACCUACGUCCUGAGCAUCUUCGCAUUCGACCCCCAGUGCAAGGGCAAGGAGUGCGCUCCGGGCGAGGCGAACAGCAUCUACGGCCGCUACAUCUUGGUCAACCUCAGCUGGUUGGCGGGCAGUUUGGGUACCUUGUUCCUCGACAUGGGCAUCUUCGCGCAGUACUUCAUGUACCGCAACGAUGACGAAGCGAGCGACAUUGAGGACGAAGACGAAGAGAGCAUCGACGGAGACCGGUGGGACCAGCGACCUCUGCUUGCGCGUGGUGACUCGACAUACGCGUAA